CCAACCAAGCUCUCAAUUACUUAACUAAAACCUUAAUUGGGCUAAUAAUUUGCUUAAUUUGACUUAAAAUUGAUUAGCUUUCAAAAUGUGGGUUAAUUCAAGUUCCUUAUAUAAUUUUAUAUUUUACUUGAAAUCACAACUCUUUAAAAUAACUAAAAAAGCUGUGAUUAGUUCCACUGAGUGUUCAGUUAAGUAACUGAGAGCUCGGUUGGAACAAAAACCACCAGGACAAGUGGGUCUCCAGGACCAGGGUUAAGAAGCACUGCAUUUAAGAACAAUUUGAAAUUGAGGGGUAGAGGGUAUUGUCUAAGCCCUAUGCACCGUAUUGUUUCCAAAUGACACCCAUAUGUCUUUCUGUUCUAGAACCCCACUAAACAUUUUACUGUCUCAUUGUUUUAAGUAAUACAAUUGGCCUAUUGUCAGCAUUUUGAAAAGCUCUUUUGACUUCAUUACGAAAGAAAGGUUAAUGGCUUGACAUUAAAAACUAAGUUUAUUUCAAGCCAUUGUGAUCUGGUAAAGUUAACAUGAACUUCAAGUUGGGAGACGCUUCUCUGUUUUUGUAAUGCAUAUAGUACAUUUUUUAACCUGUUGGUCAAAGAACAGUGUUCAGUUAAAAACACUUUGCUUCUGGGGAAACAGGAUUGCGAUGUACAUCCUGCUUCCAUGAGUGCUUGUGCAGUUUAUUUUUAUCAAUGUGUUUUGCAAGCUGAUAAUCUUGCACAAUUAGUGUCUUUGGCAACAUUUCUGUCAAUUAACUGUAACACAUUUAAUUACUCAAAUUGAGAUUAUUAAAAUGAAAUGCAUGCUGUUUAUUAAGAACUGUAUUUUAUUUUGUUAAUCAGACUUCCUCCAAAUGAAUGUGAAAUAUCCUCCCUCCCCUAUUAUGUAUAUUGAGCCUAUUAUUCUCGGUUUUAAUAUUGUGAACCCCUCCUUCAGGGUAAGUUUCAAGCCAAUCUCUGAUUUUAAAAGUAACUCACUAAUGUAUUUAAGUGAUAACCUUGAUUGAAUUAAUUGUUAUCUACAGGUAUAGUACAGGUGCUGAUGGGGAGGCGUUAUUCAUUUCUUAUUUUUCAUGCUGCAGAUUUCAAGGUAACAGUGUGUCAGUCAUUCAGUGUUCAGACAAAUAUAAGGAACAUUUGUAUUUAUGAUUGUGAUGGGCCAAGUAGUUGCAUUGUUUUAGAGGGCUGUUUUCAAAGUAAUGUAGGUUUUUAACUAACUGGACUUCAAGUCUACAGUGCAGGCUUUUUGAAAAACUCAAAUUGAAAGACAGACAUGUAAUCUUGCCUGGCAGGCUCACUGCAGCAAGGAACAAUGGAAACAUGACUACAGUGUAAUAGAUUUAUUUUUCAGGAGUAUAUGUAUUAGGAAGGAAAUCAGCUUUGCAUAUCUACAGUAUAUUGUAUUUGGUUCAUAUUGGAGUAUGGGGAGCCAAGGUUUUUAUGAUUAUAUUUAUUUUUUACAAGACACAUUUGUUCAGUAAAUGUCUGCCCUAUAGAAAAUAUAUUGAAGGCUUAGAUAAUUCGUCUUGUUUUAUUUGUUGCAGAACAAACCUCGUAAAUUUCUACAGAGAUGAUUGAAAAGAGAAUCUCUUAUUGUAAGUUCAUAGGAGCCAGAUGGGUAACUCCUUCCAGCUGUGCUUGCAGUCAGAAGUUGUAUGUAAUUUGAGAGUGAUAUACUAUGACACAUGCGCUGUAAAGCUGCUUUAGUGAAUUGAUUUCUGCCAAUGUUCAUGGGCAGGGCUCAUGCAUGUGGUUAGGUUAUUAAGUAUGUUUAUAAACUGGUUUUCAAUGGGCAGGUUUGCUGUGACACUUUCUUGAAAGUGAACUUAAUAAUAAACAUUAAAAUACAGCAGGAACUUUGAUUUUAAUCCUGGUUUGGAUCCUGACACAUGGCUGAUAACCUAAGCUGCAUGGUGUGAUGGAUGAUGGACAUGGUUAUAGGGCGGUUAUUAAAAACAUAAAUGGAUUUCUGGUCUGUUUGCAGUGUGUCUAGAACCAUUGGAACACAAACUAAAGGACACCCCCUUUAUUGAUUUUGUAAAGUUAAGUACAAGGUUUCCGUGCAUGCUUUGGGGUUUGUUACAACUAUCGCCUAUUGUGCAUGUACGGCACCUUUCUCUACCAUUUUGAAGGAGUUUACACUUUUUAAAAUUUUAGACUUGUAUUGAAGUACUAGUAUUAGUACUUUGCUGUGCAAUGCUUGUUCUCUGAGGCCUGGGCAACGAAGAUGUUCUUCCCAGGUUUGCAUCCUCCGCAGUCGGUUUGGUAAGCAUGGCAAAUAAUCUAAAGCGCAAACAAUAGGGAAUCAUUCAAAACACAUGUAAUAGGAUAUUUGAACAAUGCAGAUCAGCUAAAGGAUCCCUUUAACCCUUUGUAUUCAGAAUUUACAUUGCAAAUGUGUAUGUUGCUUAUUUUGCAAGAAAUGUUGCAGCGUCUCCAGUAUUAUCGAUUUCUCAUUUAUUGGCCUCUACUAAAAAAGCAAACAUACCCUUUUUGAGAACUUUUAAAACAAUUUUUUAAUUUUUUUUUUUAUGCAAAGCGAGAUUAAAACAUUUUUUAAGAGUUUGUACAUUUAACUGCUUGCAAAAAAAUAAAAAUAAAUAAAAAAUGCUCUGGGCUUUGCUGUUUGGAGAAACCUUCAAUGUUAAGACUUGGCAUGUGAUAAUUGCUGUAUAGAGGUUGGAAUGCUAGAUUCAAGUCAUUAAUUCAUGUUUGGUCAUGCUUCUUGUUGCCUGCAACCAACCUCAUUUCUGCUCUUGUGAAAAUUGAAUUAGGUUGUAAAUGAGAUAGCUACUCUAGUGCACAUACUGUAGACCUGCAGUCACCCAAGAAUCGGUAAAGAGGGGGGAUGACGAUGUAGUUGUAUUCACUGAAGAUCAUGCAAGUCUCGGUGUCUUGUAAGUGGCUAUGCAAAGUCAUGUAUGGUUUAUUGAAAUAUGACAGCAAAAUGUGAAAUUCAUCUCUGCAGCUGUGGCACUGGCAGGGGCUGCUGCAUUCGCUAGAAGCUGGGCGACGCUGCUGCUAUAUUUUCCCAAGGCUGUUUUGCUGAUGGCUUGAGAGCAUGGGGCACACAAGUAACAUCUGGAAUCCUGAAUGUCUUUUUGUCUGAUCAGAACUAGAAUAUGAACAAGAAGAAAGUGCAGCUAUAUUGGGUCAUGAUGAUGGAGCACUGAGGCACCGGCAGAACAUCAGUCAUAACAUGUUCUGUGAAACCAUGCUGCGCUUCCUUUCUCUCAAGUUUGGACGCCUGUACCGAUGUCUGAAGUUCUUGUUUGUUGUAAGCUUGUUUGUCAUCUUGUUGAUGAAUACCCACAACUUGUUUGCCUCCUUCCAGAAAAAUGAACUCAUGGACCGUCGCUUUAUAAACCUUAACAAGUGCCCGGCUUGCUUUGGCAAUAGCUGGUGCCGCAAGUUUAUGAAUGGGCAGAUAUCAUUUGAGUCAUGGGGUCGUUUGAGAUUCUUUGACUUCUUCAAUGUAAAAAAUGUGUAUUUUGCACAGUACGGGGAACCAAGGGAAGGUACCAGACGGAUUGUUCUCAAGCGAUUGGGUUCAAAUCAGGAGCUGACGGAUAUUGACCAGAAGAUAUGCAAGCGCGCUACAGGGCGACCACGAUGUGACCUCAUACAGGCAAUGUACAAGACAGAGUUCUCCCGGUUAAAUGGGGACGUAAGGUUGCUGACUCCUGAGGUUGUAGAAGGGUGGUCCGACCUAGUGCACUGCCCUUCUCAAAGACUCCUGGACAGGAUAGUAAGGAGAUACGCAGAAACGAAAGAUUCCGGGAGCUUUCUUCUCAAGAACUUGAAGGACACUGAACGUAUGCAGCUGUUAAUGACGCUAGCUUUCAACCCAGAACCCCUUGUUCUUCAGAGUUUCCCUUCAGAUGAAGGCUGGCCUUUUGCAAAAUACCUAGGAGCCUGUGGGAGAAUGGUGGCAGUAAAUUAUGUUGGAGAAGAUCUCUGGAGCUUCUAUAAUGCCCCCUGGGAAAAACGGGUAGACCUGGCCUUGCAAUUAAUGGAAAUUGCAGAGCAGCUUACCAACAACGAUUUUGAGUUUGCACUCUAUCUCCUCGACGUCAGCUUUGACAACUUUGCCGUUGGACCUCGGGAUGGGAAGGUCAUUGUUGUGGAUGCUGAGAAUGUUUUGGUGGCUGACAAGCGAUUAAUAAAGCAAAAUAAACCCGAGAACUGGGAUGUGUGGUACGAGAGCAGGUUUGAGGACUGCGACAAAGAAGCGUGUCUGUCGUUCUCCAAAGACAUUCUCUGUUCACGAGUCAAUGUGGAUCACAACUAUUACGCCAUCUGCCAAAACCUCCUCUCUAAGCAUGCCACAUGGCGUGGCACAACCGGGGGGUUACUGCAUGACCCUCCAACAGAAAUAGCCAAUAGACUUGAAGCCAUGCUUGAUGAGUGUGCCAACCCAAAAAAGCGUUAUGGUAGAUAUCAGGCAGCUAAAGAACUUCGAGAAUACCUUGCACAACUUGGCAAUAAUGCGAGGUAGUUAAUGGAAAUGACAUGCUUUUUGACUUUUCUGUUUUUAUGUUUACUGGUCGGCAGAAAGUUAGAUAACUGAGACACACGGACAGUAAAAGCUAAUAAUCCUUCUACUAAGUUGGUAACGUUGUUGUUGUUGUUGUUAUUAUUAUUAUUAUUAUUAUUAUUAUUAUUAUUUGCAUAGAAUCGCAGUGGAGUUCUGUAAACAAAGGCUGUUUGAUUUAAAGUUUCCACUUUGGCUUUCUUUUUUCAUUUCCCUGAGGGAGGGUCGGCUGAAGAUCAACUUGUCGAUUUUGAAUACAGUACAUAGUGACAUACUUAUUGAUGGCACACGUGUACCAGAGCAAUCGGCAUUGUUCCAGCAUUUCUAUUACAACUUGUAAAGUUGCUGUCUCUUGUGGAGGAAGCAUACUAACUGGUGGUUCAUUUUUAUGUUUGGUGGGGGGUGGGGAAUUAACAUUUUGUUUCCGUAAUACAAAAAGUAUUGGACAUUUGUUAAUUUUGGAACGUUGUAUAAAAUAUGAAUGUACUGUACAUUUUAUUAGCUUCGUUUGCUGGAUUGUUCUAGAAGUAAUAGCUGCAUUACUGUACCAUUAUACACCUACAGUAUUUUAAUGUAGACUACUUCUGGAACUGGUAUAUAAGGAUGUAAGUCAUUGGAUACGCUGUUCUACAAGAUACUGUGGGACCUGUUCUGUUCUCAGUGUUUACUGUAAGUGUUCUGCAGUAUGGAUAUUCAAGUUGAAGACAAUGCCCCUUGUAUAAAGCAGAAUAAAACAUUUAUUUUGGAUGGGUAAAGACCAAUCUGUUGUACAGUAGUUGCACAUACUCCAAAGAAUCUGGUUAUAUAAUAUACCAUAGUUGUACUUGGAACAGUCAUGUAUUUUUCUUAUUCUUGUAAUAAGAAUGUCACUUAAUUAGAAAAUCCUGGUAGACGCAUAUAACGGGUUUUGUAAAACGUAUACAAUGUUGCUUAUUUACACUUCAGUCACCAAUUAAAAAAAAAUAUAUAUACAUAUAUAUAUAUCGGUUGGAGAUGAGCUGGUCAUACAGUGUGUUUUCUUUGCAGCUAAAUUGCAUUACAUUUUGAUGGGCUCUGGUAAAUGAACUGUACAGUUCCAACUGGAUUCAUUGAUGUACAACAGCAAGACUGACUUUAAAGAAAGAUUGGUAAAAUUAUUCAAACUUACAUAAUGACUGGUUAUUUUACUAUUCUGGUAAUUUCAGCAGGUUGGAUGAGAAAGACAUAGGUAAUUCAGUGCACUUUUUUUUUUGUGUGUGUGUAUUUUAUUGGCACACUGUAGCUGCCCUUGUGCACUGCACAAUCAAGACCAAGACCUUAAUGGCGUCCUGCCAGGUCUGAUACCAUGCAAAAAGACAUGCAGUAGGAAAUAUGUGUUCCUUUUUUAUAAGUGGACUUA